AUGGAUUGCAAUAAUUUUCGUAAAUAUAGCCCAGACCAAGUUGAGGAUCAUUUAUAUGCAAAUGGAAUGGCUAAGGAUUACACUAAGUGGACAGAUCAUGGAGAAAAUGAUGAUGAUUUUGAACUAGAAGAUGAUAUUUUGGAAUCUGAAAAUGAAGAGGAUGUUGAUGAUGUAGUUGAAAUGUUAAAUGAUUUCCAAGCUCAUGAUGAUAGGGAAUCUCAAGAACAUGUCCCUAUUAUGGAAGAAAAUAAGUUUAGACGAUUGAUGAGGGAUGCAGAGCAAGAAUUAUAUCCUGCGUUGCUUGAGUUAGUGAAAGAGGCAUUACCUGAUGGAAAUACAUGUCCUAGAUCUCAUUAUGAAUCAAAGAAGAUUAUACGAGACUUGGGUCUUAGUUAUGACAAGAUCCAUGCAUGUAAAAAUGAUUGUGUACUCUUUUGGGAGGAGUAUGAAGAUAAAUUGGAGUGUCCAAUAUGUCAGGAACCUAGGUACUCUUUUGACAAUGGCAAGAAGAAGAUUCCCCAGAAAAUCUUGAGAUACUUUCCCUUAACUCCAAGGCUGCAAAGAUUGUUUAUAUCAAAGAAAACAGCUGUAGAUAUGAAAUGGCACAAGGAUAAACGACCAGAUGAUGAGUAUAUGAGGCAUCCUGCUGAUUCUCAAGUGUGGAAGGACUUUGAUCUAAAGCAUGAGUCAUUUGCCAUGGAUUCUCGCAAUGUUAGGCUUGGAUUAUCAACUGAUGGUUUUAAUCCAUUUGGUAAUUUAAGUACCUCUUAUAGCAUGUGGCCUGUUUUUCUUGUUCCAUACAAUCUUCCGCCGUGGAAAUGCAUGAAAGAUCCAUACUUCAUGAUGUCAUUACUUAUUCCUGGACCAAGAGCUCCUGGAAAUGACAUUGACGUGUUUCUACAACCAUUAAUCAAAGAAUUGAAGCAAUUAUGGGAGGUUGGGGUUGAUACAUAUGAUGCUGGUUCUGGACACAAUUUCCGUUUAAGAGCUGCACUAUUGUGGACAAUAAACGACUUUCCUGCAUAUGCAAAUUUGUCUGGAUGGAGUACCAAAGGAAAAAUGGCGUGUCCUACUUGCAAUGACCAGAGACCUCAUCAAUGGUUGAACAGUUGGCAAAAAACUAUAUAUUAUGAUCACCGUCGUUUUCUGCCACAAAAUCACAGAUUCAGAAAAAAUUUGGAGUUUAAUAGUAAAGUUGAGAAGAGAUUAAAACCUGCUUUAUUAUCAGGGGAUGAUGUGGUUUGCCAAUUGACUCAUGUUUCACAACCGUGUUUUGGAAAGGGGAAGAAGAGGAAGCGUUGUGCUGAUCAUUUGAAUUGGACAAAACGAAGCAUUUUCUUUGACUUACCCUAUUGGCACACACUCAAGCUACGCCACAACCUUGAUGUAAUGCACAUAGAAAAAAAUAUUUGUGAUAAUAUUUUGGGUACAUUGAUGGACACUGAAGGUAAGACGAAGGACUCAUAUAAGACUCGUCUUGAUAUGGAAGAGAUGGGCAUCAAGUCCGAUUUACACCCCAAAUGUAUUGAUGGUGUGAUUAAGUUUAGACCAGCAUAUUACACUUUUAAUAUAGAUGAGAGGAAAGGUUUUUGUGAGUUCUGUAGUUGUACGAAACUUCCAGAUGGCAUGGCUUCAAAUAUCUCUAAUUGUGUGAACAUUGCUGAUUCUAAGAUUUAUGGUUUGAAAAGUCACGAUUGCCACAUUAUAUUGCAGCGACUUCUUCCUGUAGCCUUGCGUGGGUACUUGUCUAAAGAUGUUCGUGAGGUCAUUAUUAAAUUAUGUUUAUUCUUUAAGGAGUUGACUUCCAAGACUUUGAGAUUGGAUGUUUUGGAAAGGCUGGAUAAGGAUAUUGUCGUACUCCUAUGCAAGUUAGAGUUGAACUUCCCACCCUCAUUUUUCAACAUUAUGACUCAUUUGCCAAUUCACUUGGCUUAUGAGGCCAUACUUGCUGGACCAGUACAAUAUCGAUGGAUGUUUCCAUUUGAGAGGAUUAUUGCAGAAACAAAGCCCACCCUGAAGGAUCAAUUGCGGAAGGUUAUUGUGAUUGUGAAUGCCUGCAUUUUGCUCCAUAAUGUUAAGUUGUUAAAGGGGGCAGUUGAUGAUGUUCUUAGCCUAACUGACUUUGCAAGGAUUCGAUGGGAACAUAAAGCAGAACUUGAGAGGCAAAAUAUUCCAAACAUAGAAAAAGAACAACAACAGAAAUUUCAUAAAUGGUUUUUGCGACGUGUUCAACAGAUGCAAGUUGAGGGUUCAACAGAAGAUGUUGAAUCCUUACUAUACUUGGCCAGUGGACCUCAACGUGAAGUGGCACGAUAUAGUGGGUGUAUCAUCAAUGGCAUAAGGUUUCAUACUCAGAAACGCGAUGCAAAUAAAAAAACUCAAAACUAUGGAGUGGUAGUCAAAGGAGAGCAUCGUGGUAAAAGUAUCGACUUUUAUGGUGUUUUGAAAGAUAUAAUUGUGUUAUCAUACCUUGGAAAUAAUCAAGUGAUCGUUUUCAAAUGUGAUUGGCCGGAUCUCAAUGCAAGAAGGGGAAUUCAAGUUGAUGAGAACCAGUUUACAAGUGUUAAUUUUACCAAAAAAUGGUAUAUGAAUGAUCCAUUUGCAUUGGCAUGUCAAACACAGCAAGUAUACUAUUUGAAAGAUACAAAGCAUGGUAGUAAUUGGCGUGUUGUAGAAAGGUCGCAGCCUAGAGGGAUGUAUGAUUUUACAGAAAAAGAAACUGAAGUGGGUGAUUCAUUAGAGGAGGUCGAAGAUCCAUAUCAGCAAGAGUCACAUGGGUAUGUCGAUUCAGUUGAAGUUGAUGUUGGAGAGACGUCAUUACAUAGAGAUGACAUGGAUAUGAUCGUUGUUGAUUUGAAUGCUAAAGAUAGUGAUGCAGAAGAUGGCGACUUUAAUGAUGAAGAUAAUGAGUUGAUGUCUUAUGAUGAUAUCGAGGAUGACUCUACGUGA